CAGUGCUUGGGUUAAGCAAUUGAAUCACAAUUAUAUGAUCCCCCUGCAUAGUAUCUUCAAAUUCUCAUAUGGGUUUGUGUAUAAAUUGAUUAAAGUUGGCUAGCUCUCUACGCUUUGCAUCUGGUUAUUUUCCUGAUCUCAUUGCGUUAGCCUUAUCUGUCCAAAUUCGUAUCAGGGUUUUCUCGAUUUCCUUAAAUAUCACAGCUCAUGAGCUGGAUUUGCUUUAUGAUGAACAUAUAUGCAAAUAGUCCUAAAUCUUUCAAUGCAUAUCCAAGAGGUGAAUUCGAUUUAGAAUCAGGAACCAUCAAAAGACUCAGAAAGUCAAAAAAAUCCUCACUUCACCCCUUAAAAAUGCUCAAAUCUUUGGCUAACCGGCUUCACUAUUAUUACAAGCUGCACCCACUUCUUGUAUUUAUCAUUUCCUUGUCUUUGGGGAUCACUAUUCUUGUUGUUUUGUCUCUGUAUGAGAGCCGGUAUCGAGCAAUGAAUAGUCACCCGAAAUUGGUUAUGAGUUCGAAUGCUUAUCCUUUCGCUAAGCUUAAAAAUCUUAUAAUGGUUGCUGGGCAUUCGGUGUAUACCAGCAGUAAAUGUGAGAAAGUUGAUAGGGAGGACUCUUGGUUUUUGGAGUCCUAUCAGAGAAAUCCUGGACAGGCUGCUACUUUUGUGACUCAUAUACAAGAGGGAAUUGAAAUUGCAGCAAAGGAUGAUGGGGCUUUGCUUUUGUUUAGUGGUGGUGAGACUCGAAAAGAUGCUGGUCCGCGUAGUGAAGCACAGAGUUAUUGGACUGUUGCUGAAUCAAAAGGAUGGUUUGGCAAUGAGGAAAGCGUGAGAUGGAGGGCAUUGACAGAAGAACAUGCAAGAGAUAGUUUUGAGAAUCUUCUCUUUAGUGUAUGCCGGUUCCGAGAGCUUACUGGCACAUAUCCUGAAAACAUAACAGUUGUAAGUUAUGACUUCAAGAAAGAAAGAUUUUCACACUUGCAUCGCUCUGCAAUUCGCUUUCCGGAUUUGAGAUUCUUUUACAAUGGCACCCCAGCAACAUCAACUUCCAAAGAAGCAGCUUUGAAAGGUGAGGCAUUGGUGAGGGCUCAAUUUGAAGAAGAUCCGUAUGGAUGUAGAGGUACACUUUGGCGUAAAAAACUUGGGCGUGAUCCCUUUCAUCGAUCAAUCCCUUAUCCCAAUGGUUGCCCUGAAAUUGAAGGUUUAUUCAGAUAUUGUGGAGCAGCUCCUUACCCAGGUUCCCUUCCUUGGGCUAAUUAAUAUUAAUCACAACUCAUGUUUUGUUCCAUAUUCCAUAGUAUAGGUAAACCAGCUAGAAAUCUUAUAGAGCCAAAGCUUGAAUACUUGUUAAUAUUUUUCCCUCUUUUGUUUCAGCUUAAAAAUAUACAUUUUUCGUGCUAUUAAUACUUGUGGGGAGUAGAUUAUAGAAAGAUUAUUUCUUUA